GCUCAUUGGUUUGGUAGGUAAUCCACUUCCAUAAAGAGAAACCAUGGAUUUGCAGAGAGAUCAGAGAAUGCAAUAUAUAUCUUCCUAGCAUGUCUGCAGUCCGUGUCUCGGUUUGACAACCAUCUGUCCCUAGAAGACGUUCCUCUGUUCUUCGAGAAGGUUGUAAAGAACAAUCUCCAAAAUGUCUGAAAAACGAAUGUCUAGUAGUAAAAAACACAGCCUGAAGAGCUUGAUGCUCGUGGUUGCAAAAGACUUACUAGAAGCGGAGAAAAUCGAGAAGGAGGACGAGAGGAUAAGAUACAUGGAAGAACAUUGUCCUCCGUUUUCAUGUCCAAGCUCCAAAGAAGAACUACAGGCGCUCUGCAAAGAGUUACAUGAAAAAAUCGAUGUUAUUGAUGAGGAGAGAUAUAUUCUUGAGCACAAAGCCAUCAUGGUCGUUAAUGAGGUCAAAGACUUAAAUAUCAAGAUCGUUGACCUGAAAGGCAAGUUCAAGAAGCCUCCUUUGAAGAAAGUGCGCAUGUCUGCUGACGCCAUGCUUCAGGCUCUUCUGGGCUCCAAGCACAAGGUCUCCAUGGAUCUGAGAGCCAACCUGAAACAAGUCAAGAAGGAGGUCAAAGAGGAGGAUAAGGAACUGCGUGAUGUUGGAGACUGGCGUAAGAACAUUGAGGAUAAGGCUGGUAUGGGUGGCAGGAAGAAGAUGUUUGAAACUGAAUCUUGAAGACGUUUAUAAGUAAUCCGCUGUGAUCAUUUCAAGACUUGGAUCUAAAUAAAAUGAUAAUAUAGUCCAUUGAAAUACCACACAUUGACUGUUUGCCAGAAUCAUACGUUUUCUAAAUAAACAACCCAACUAUAAUAAUUGUUGCUCUGUGCUUUCUUUUAAUUUUCUUUUUUUUUUUAUAAUUUAACCAUCACUGUAAUCUUAAAUUUCUUUAAUUAACAUGGAAUCAAAACACUUUUUACUUUUUAGUAGACAAAAGACUAUAGCUUAACGCAAAUUAAACAUCUGUGAAUGUUGUUAAAAAUAAAAUUGUAUUUACUAAAUUUUUUCAGUUUCAGUUGACCAAGCCCUCACAUUUUUCCAUCUUCAAACCACCUGAUACCAGUUUUACUGGUAUUUAUCUCAAAGUCCCACCAAACAUUAUUUUAUAUGAAAGAAGCAAUAAGGUUUAAUUUUGACUUUACACACAGAACUGUUUCUAAACUCUUAUUCAGUAUAACUAACUCACAUUCUAAACCAACUGCUGCUUGUUGUUUCAUCAUCAAGGUAAGAUUCCUUCCUUUUUAAAUAAAUAAAUACAAAGUUCUGUCAUGAAUCUCUAGAUGACACAGGCUGAUCGGUCAAAAAAAUCUUUCAAGAAGAUUGGAGAAACUUAUUUUGUCGCACACAAAAAAAAACCGGCAGUGUUACCCCUUUC